CUUCUUUUGUGGCAUCACAAAAAAAAACCUUUUGGAACCUUUGAGCGUAAGAAGAACACGUUAAAACUGAUACUGCAUGUGAUAUUCAAAUGAAAGUCAAUUUUCACAAUUGCCGUAAUUUUUGCAAAAGCAGUAGAUAAUUAUGUAAAGCUAGAGCAGCAAGCACUCGCGACAGAGCAGCAGAUUUGAACACCCUAAUUACUGUACUGCCAUUUUCAGCACAAAUAUCAUAAUCAGGCCACAGCAGGACAGACAUAGAAAUGUGUGCUUAAAAUUGAAAAGUUGAAUGGCUGAAAUAAUGGGCAUGCCAUUAUAUCAAUAUAAGCAACCAAAACAAAUGAGCACAAACGAGUACUUUCCUAUUCAUCUGUUCCUCACAGACUAUCAGCAUAAGCCCUCAGGAGCCCGAUAAACGUGUCUACCCUUUUUGCUUUUGAUAGUGGUAGUGAUUCAGCUUUCUAAAGAGAAAACACCAGCGGUUGUUACAUGUCUGUCUUUACAUACGCCCUCAAUUAUAGUAAAAUACUUGUACGGCAGCGAGCGAGUGUGUGCAUUCUGUAUAUGUGCGAGUGCGGUCUCCCAUCACCGUGGUGUGGACAUGUAGAUGCCUGUUUUCAAAUGCUCCACAGGCCUGAUAUUGUUGAGAUAAUCUGCUGAAAACUGAUCCUCUCCACACUAUCGCCUGCAGAGGAACGUGUGGGCACAUCAGCCCCCAACAUCAGGAGCCUUGUCUGUCGCUACAGCAACAGCAAAAAGCCUUCCAUUACCGCUACAGCAUUCGCAAGGGUUUCUGCCAGACGACGCUUCUCUGAUAACAAGACGACAAAAUGCAUACAAUGCACUCUCAAUCAGAUGUGUCCAUCUGUAAAAAACAGUCUGAAACAACAAGACUCGUCAUGCAUUGGUGAAAUACCAAAAAAGUGGCUGAGGGUUUGAGAAAAACAAACAAACAUGUGAUGUCUGUACUGUAUCUUGUACUUGCUCUACCAUGAUGGAUUGUUCUUUGAGCUGUGUGAGAUGGUGGUAUUAAGCGAAGCCUGUCUCUUUAAGAGCCAGUCCUUGGGCAGGUUGGCUUGUUGAGUGGGGAGGUGGAACCUUGUCUGCUUCUACAAACAAGCAUUUCUAUCAACAAAACGAGUCUCACUAGCGGGCUGAUCUUGAGGGUGUGCAUAUACACGAGACUGAAUAUUGAAGUUGUGCUUGAUUUUCUUUUACAGUAAUUCCUAAUACUGUAUGUGUGAUAUGUGAGUACCGUUUCAUCAGCACCUGAGGUUUGCAACACUCUGCUGGAGGGGCCACCAACAGCUCAGGUGUGUCACAUCUAUUUGUCAAUUGGCCUGCACCAUGAAUCUCACUGUAGUUCUGCUGCUCUGUGGCUGCUGUAUGCUAUUUCAACACAACUGUGAAGCCCAAGUUUUAUAUUCCUCAGUAGAAACAUCUCCAACACCCUCGGCCAGUAACUGCACGUGUGAGCUCGGCCAUGGAAAGUGUGCUGAAAACGGUGACUGCAGGUGUGAUCCGGGAUGGGGUGGACCGCGGUGUGAGGACUGUGUGAGAAUGCCCGGAUGUGUCCAUGGCACCUGCCAUCAGCCCUGGCAGUGCACAUGCAUGGACGGGUGGGCGGGACGAUUCUGUGAUAAAGAUAUUUACGUGUGCUCCAGAAAGCAGCCGUGUCAGAAUGGGGCUACUUGUGUCUUGAAUGACUCUGGGGAUUAUAGCUGCUUAUGUCCUGAAGGCUUUCGUGGGCGGGACUGUGAACUGAAAACAGGGCCUUGCCAAAAGACCAAGUCCCCCUGCAAGAAUGGCGGUCUCUGUGAGGAUCUGGGUGGUUACGCUCCAGAACUGUCUUGUCGAUGCUUGGCUGGCUACACGGGGCCCCGCUGCGAGACCAACAUGGAUGACUGCCUGAUGCGCCCCUGUGCCAACGGGGCCACCUGUUUGGAUGGCGUGAACCGUUUUUCCUGCCUGUGCCCUGCGGGUUUCACCGGCCGUUUCUGCACCAUCAACCUGGACGACUGCGCCAGCCAGCCCUGCCUCAAUGGAGGACGCUGUAUAGACCGAGUCUCCACCUUCCAGUGCUUCUGCUCUCCAGGGUUCACUGGAAGAACUUGCGAGAUUCCCAUGUGGGAGUCAAGACCUCAAGUGGUGUCUCCAUUCAGGGGCGAAGGAGACAGAGUUACGCUGAGCAAACCUGCCCCAGUCAAUCGCUCCCACUGGACCACUCCUAGUGGGGAUGAAAGACGCUCUUUCAAAAUCUCAGUGGUGACUCAGCAUGGGGCAGAAGGGCUGUCAGAGCUGCAGCUCAUCAUCCUGCUGGUGUUGGGGGGCAUGACUUUGGCCGUGGUGGCUCUAACAGCUGGCCUGGUCCUGCGCGGACAUUGCCAGGACCGAUCGGCUCGCUGUCAGUGCAGACCGGCCCCCGCUUACCAUCGCCCAUUCCACCGAUGCCGGACAAACUCUGUGCCCUCGCAACAGGAAUGCAAGAUCAGCUUCCUCCAGUCUCCGGCUCCAGCUGAGCUUGAGAAGAAGAGGCUGAACACCGACAUCAUUUAGCCACAGAAAUCAUGCAGCUGCUCUUGUUGAAGUAAAAGACCACUUCUGACCUCUCAAAGAUAAAGACGGUACUCAUGAAUCUGAGAGUUGGUUGCUGAAAGCAGGUGGUCAUUAUCCAGAGCAAUUACACAGAAAUAAAGAAUCAAUCAGUUUUUUUAUUAUUAUUAUUAAAUAUGCCACAAGUGAGGCAUGUACUGCUGAGGGAACAUUAGGUCAGUUAGAGUCAACAUAAAUUCAAUAAUGCUCGUACCUGGUCUUGGAAAAAUUUUCUAAAGAGAUGCUUGUCUGUGUAAUAUUUAAUCAAAAAUGUACUUUACUCUGCCUCUGAAAAACAUUUUGCUCUCGCCAAGCAUUAUUUUUGCUGGAAACCCUGAACCUUGGAGCGUCUUAAUGCCUUCCUGAAUCUAUUUGCUCCCCCAAUUUUUAUUUAUUUAUUUUUUUAUAUGAAAUGAAAACUUUUUUUUCUUUUUCCUGGUAUUUUAUUUGGGUCUUUAAUCUUUUUUCCUCAAAGGCAACAUAACAGAAAAAUGCUUUCUAGCUAACAGUAAUCAUGUAACUUUGGUCACCAGGUGCUAAAAUUUUUUACACUGAAAAAAAGAAAAAAGUUAACAUUACAGUAAUGAUACAGUAAUACACCAAUGAUUUUCAUAGUCCAAUCAGAAUUUUCAAAUCUUGCCGAUAUUCGACUGAUAGUUGAAUCAUGUUUUGGGGGCGGGGAAAAAUAAACUACCAAGAGUCAAGUCAGACAUUCGACAUAUGUCAUAAUUAAAGGGUUACUCCAUCCCAGAAUGAAAAUUUUGGUCAUUAAUCACUUACCCCCAUGUCGUUCCAAACCCGUAAAAGCUUUGUUCAUCUUUG